AUGUCACCAGUAAAUGCAUCAAAUAUAAUUGCUACAAAAAGAAAAGUAUGCAUUCGAUUUAUUGGAGCAUUUAAUAUUCUUUCAACACCACUUAUGCUUGAAGAUUUAACAACAUAUAUUGAAAAAUGGAAAACAUAUGAUAUUCAUCCAAUAUCUAUUCUUGAGAAUCUUCAUGUUCAAGCACAAGCAGGUCAAGUUAAGUGUGCUCCAAAUUUGAAGUUUAUGGAUAUCUAA